CAAAACGGAACUAAACGGCGAAAGUUUGGCGAAAAUGUUCAAGGUCCGCUUAAAGACGAGUCCCAGCGGCGGGGGUGAGAACAUAAAUCGCUACGGAGAAUCCAUGGGUUCGCUGGGACAUCGCGCCUUGCUGCAGUUCAUCGAUAAUAAUGAUAUCUCCGGGCUGCGCGCCAUCCUUGACAGCCGGCAUCUAAAAAUCGAUGAUCGGGAUGAGAAUGCCACCACCGUGCUGAUGGUUGUGGCCGGGCGGGGUCUCACAGCAUUCGUUCAGGAAUUCCUGGCACGCGGCGCCGAUGUCCAGGCCGAGGAUCUGGACUGCUGGACCGCUCUGCUGUGUGCCUCCCGCAAUGGGCAUUUUGAUGUCGUCCAACUUCUACUGGAUCAUGGCGCUGAGGUCGAGCAUCGCGAUAUGGGGGGCUGGACGAGUCUGAUGUGGGCCGCCUAUCGGGGGCACACUGAACUGGUGCGGCUGCUGCUGGAAAAGGGGGCCGAUGGCAAUGCGCAUGGCAAUUACCACUUGGGGGCCCUGCUCUGGGCAGCGGGACGGGGCUUCAAGGACAUUGUGGAGCUACUGGUGCAGCGCGGUGCCAAGGUGAAUGUCGGCGACAAGUACGGAACCACAGCCCUCGUCUGGGCCUGUCGACGGGGCAACGUUGAGAUCGUGGACACUCUGCUGAAGGCCGGUGCCAAUGUCGACACUGCUGGGAUGUACUCGUGGACUCCACUGUUGGUGGCAGCUGCCGGUGGACACACUGACUGCGUGAGUUCCAUUCUGGAGAAGAAGCCGAAUGUGAAUGCACUGGAUAAGGAUGGAAUGACGGCCCUGUGCAUCGCCAGUCGUGAGGGACUGGCCAUCUACACGGCCGUGGAGAAGGGCCACAUCCAGAUCGUGAAGCUGCUGCUAUCCACGAACCCCGACAUGGAGUCGUCCACCAAAGACGGCGACACACCGCUCAUGCGGGCCGUGCGCAAUCGCAAUCUGGAGAUAGUCCACAUGCUGCUCGACCGCAAGGCCAAGGUGAUAGCCGCCGAUAAGCGCGGCGACACCUGUCUGCACAUAGCCAUGCGGGCGCGCAGCAAGGCGAUAGUGGAGGCGCUCCUGCGCAAUCCCAAGCACAGCCAGCUCCUGUAUCGGGCGAACAAGGCGGGCGAGACGCCCUACAACAUCGACACCCUGCACCAGAAGACGAUACUCGGCCAGGUGUUUGGGGCCAGGCAUCUCAACACCAACGAGGACUCCGAGGGCAUGCUGGGCUACGAGCUGUACUCCUCCGCCUUGGCAGAUGUGCUCAGCGAGCCCACGCUGACGACGCCCAUCACCGUCGGACUCUACGCCAAGUGGGGCAGCGGCAAGAGGUUCCUGCUCAACAAACAGCGCGACGAGAUGAACAACUUUGCCAAACAGUGGGCCGAGCCGCCAGCCAAAACCAGCGGCCUCCUGUUCAUCGUGUGUCUGCACGUGGCGUUGCUCAUCGGCACCAUUGUCGGGCUGUGCACCUGGUCGACGGUCUGCGGCGUGUCAUCCGCCGCAGCCUUCAUGCUGGUGGCCUGCCUGUUGCUGGCGGCUGUUAAAUACUGCAACUACCAGAUGGACAUGCUCUGGGCCUAUUCCGUGCAGCAUGGUCUGGAGAAGCGAAUGACACGUCUGCGCCUCAUCCUGCAGGUGGCUUUCUCCCCCCCGCCUGGCCCCCAGUCCGACUCCCAAGCCAAGCCGGUGCGCUUCCACUUUGCGGAGGCCAACAGUUCAUCGCCGAGGGGCGACGGAGCCGUGGCCCACAUGCUGGCGGCCCUACUGGGUGCCUUGGAGUCACACUACGGCUGGCUGGCCACCCGCCUGUACCGCGCCUUCCGCCCCAAGUGCCUCAAGGCGGACGUGGGCUGGCGCUGGCGGCGCAUUUGCUGCAUUCCCAUUGUCGUAAUCUUCGAACUGGCGCUGGUCACCCUGGUAACUGGCAUCUCCCUAAUCGUGGCCGACUUCACGUACGCCAAUGCCAAGGAGCGGGAGCAGAUCCAGGUGGUGCUCUAUGUGGUGGCCGCCAUUCUGGGCACCCUCAUCUGCACGCACCUGCAUGUUCUGGCCAAGGUAUGCGUCGCCCUGUUCACCUCCCACAUCCGGCAGCUGAAGGGAGCGGUGCGCACCAGCGAAACGGCACCCCUGACGAUGCUCGGCGCCGAGGUUGCGGUGAUGACGGACAUGGUCAAGUGCCUGGACUCGUUCACCAAUCAGCAGAGCCGGCUGGUGGGCGUGAUCGAUGCCCUCGACUCGUGCGACACGGAACGCAUCCUCACCCUGCUGAACGCCGUCCAGACGCUGCUCUCCACGCCGAACCGUCCCUUUGUGCUGCUCAUCUCGGUGGAUCCCCAUGUAAUUGCCAAGGCGGCGGAGGCCAACAGUCGACGCCUGUUCACCGAGGGUGGCAUCGGGGGCCACGACUUCCUGCGGAACCUGGUCCAUCUGCCCGUCUACCUGCAAAACUCCGGCAAGGUGCAGCGAGCCCAGAUGACCGCCCUGCUGUUCAAACGGAGUGGCGGCGGCGGUGAGUACCAGAACGAAGAUGGACCCACCCUGGGGCACUCUGUAUCCGCGCGACGUCUGUCCAAUGCCUCGGAGAUCGUCUCGAGCCAGGAGAAACUGCGUGGGCCGGCACGACCAGGCGGGGGCAAGAAGCUGCGCCUCUCCGAGUCGGUGGCCAGCUCGACGGGCUCCAAUCUGCAUCGCCUGGGUCAAAAUCCCCAGGGUGUGCUCGACCUCUCGCGGAUAGUGCUCACCGAUGACUACUUCAGUGACGUGAAUCCGCGCAGCAUCCGGCGGCUGAUGAACGUCAUCUACAUCACGGUGCGGCUGCUGAAGGCCUUCCAGAUUGACUUUAGCUGGUACCGUCUCAGCUCCUGGAUCAACCUGACGGAACAGUGGCCCCUGAGGGCCAGCAUGAUAGUGCUCCAUCACGACCAGUUCAUGGACACCAAUGCGGAUGAGAAUGUCUCCCUCCAGAGCGUAUACGAGAAACUGCGGCCCAAGCUUGCGUAUUUGCGAGAGGCUGCACCGCUUCUGGAGCUGGAUCGGGAUGAGCGGAAACUGGAUGCCUUCCUGCAGCUCCACAAAUCGGACUUGCUUGUGGCAGACUUGCGCAUCUUUCUGCCCUUCACCAUCAAUUUGGAUCCGUAUAUAAGGAAGGUUCUGAAGGAGGAUCAGCAGACGAUUGAGGAUGAGAGCUCGCUGCGUCAACAGCCAGCGCCCACCACAUAUGUGCCUUCGCCACAGCCACAGCCUUAUCCGCCCUACCAAGCGUUCCAGAACGAUUUUGUGCCCAACGAGAUGCGAUCGAGGAAUCUCAGUUCAAGUACGGAGCCCGUAUCGCCGCUGAUUGCCUCGCCCAGCGAUUACUUUGGCGAGGACAUAUUGCUGACGCGGCUCACGGAUCUGACAGUGGAGGGUGUCAUCAGCCUCCUAGAGCGCAUUGAUGACAUGAAGCCGGCCAUGCCGAAGCUGGCGCCGGUGCUCCGUGAUAAUGCCAUCAAUGGACGCGUACUAAAGCACUGCGAUAUGCCAGAUCUCAAAUCGGUGCUGGGCCUGAGCUUUGGCCACUGGGAGCUGUUUCGCCUGCUGAUCACAACGCUGAGGGAAUGCGAGCGACAGCCGAGGAAGCAGAAUCGCGCACUGCCGCAGGUCGCCGCUGUGGAGGCGCCGCCAGUUACUGUGCCCAUGAUCAAGGACGUGACGGAUGCUCUGGUGCCGCCACGCGAGUCCUUGUCGCGCAAGAACUCGGUCAGUCACAUGGAGAAGCAGGUCACACUGGAGGAGCAAAUGAUUUGCGGCACUUUGCAAACGCUCAACGAGGAGGCGUACGAGGACGUGGCCAGCAGUGAGCGACCCAGUCCCACAGAGCAUGACACACCCACUGGUUGUGGGCCAGCAAUGACGACUGCAUUGCUUACCUCAGCCUCGGCCAUGUACACGCAUCAGCAGAAGCAGCAGGCGCAGCCUUCGGGUCGCGAUUCUAUACUGAAGCAGCAGGGGAGUGUCAAGGGCGACAAGCGGGUAUCGAUUCAACAAACAUCGAGCAGUAAUCAUAACAACAACAACAAUAAAGCCAAGUCAGCAACGAAUGUUGAAUAUAUCUCCGAAGGAGCAGGAAGCAAAGUGCGACUAACCGCAAAGCCGCCAGCAGGACCCCGGCCAGCCUCGCUGAUCAUCACCAGGUCCGAUUCCAACUCACAGUUCCAGCUGCUACGCUCCUCCUCAGUGGACUAUGACGACGUGGAGGCCCAAGAGCAUCGGACUACGAUCCGGACGACACUGCUGGAGCAACAGGAGGAGGAUGAAGCGGCACCGUUCGUGUUUACAGCGCGCAAAUGAUACAAUCUGAUAACCAGAUGGCAGCCAAGCUUAUUUACACAAUUUAGAUAUAGGGCCAGUCUUAAAUAAGCUAACUAACUAGCUAAUUACUGAAAGAGUUUGCAGCUGGAACUCGAGAGUUGUGGUUCCCCAAAAUAGAAUGUACUCUAGCAAAAGAGAAUUGUUUGCAUUAGUUCUUGUUAUAUUUGUGUGUUUAUGUGUAUUUAUUAAUGAUGGAAGAGUAGUAUAAAUGUGUAAUGAGAAUCUGCAUAUGGAAUACAUAAAGUGCUACAUUGUUA